AUGGCGGCAGGUCACGGUAUCGAUUUCACUGUCUUCAAAGGCUCCUCCAGCGGGAAGAUCGUUACAUCAACAACUCACAAAGACGGUCUCAAGCCUGACGAGGUCCUCCUCAAAAUCACUCACGCCGGCCUUUGUGGUACAGAUCUGCACUACAAGACAACUGACAUGGUUCUCAGCCAUGAAGGCGUCGGCGUCGUGCAACAGGUUGGUUCCGAUGUCACCACCUUCAAAAAGGGCGACCGCGCUGGCUGGGGAUACCUGCAUAACUCCUGUGGGCAUUGUGACGAGUGUCUCAGUGGAAACGAAAUAUUCUGCUCAAAACGCGCCAUGUAUGCGAACGCCGACUUAGACCAAGGCGGCUUCGCCUCGCACGCUAUCUGGAAAGCUGGCUUCCUCUUCCAUAUCCCCGAUGAAAUCUCUUCUUCCGAAGCAGCUCCUCUUAUGUGCGCCGGCGCGACCGUCUUCAACGCUAUGCACCUCCAUGGCAUGAUAUCCACCGACCGGGUAGGUAUUAUCGGCGUUGGCGGCCUCGGUCAUCUCGCUAUCCAGUUCGCUGCGAAAAUGGGUUGUCAGGUCGUGGUGUUCUCCCACACAGAGGAUAAAAGGGAGGAGGCGAUGAAUCUUGGCGCGAGUGAGUUCUACGCGACGAAGGAUGUCCAGACGCUCGAUAUAGGGGCACCCCUCAAGCACCUCUUUGUCACAACAUCCCAACAGCCUGAAUGGAAAUGCUACCUCAAGACUCUGACGCCGCAUGCCAAGAUAUACCCGCUUACUGUGUCCAGUGACACCCUUACCUUGCCGUAUAUGCAGCUCGUCGUUAAUGGUAUCACGCUCCAAGGCAGUAUCUGCCCUUCGCGUGGAACACAUGUCAAGAUGUUGAGGUUUGCAGCAUUUCAUGGCAUCAGGCCCAUCGUUCAGGAGUUCCCGAUGACCGAGGCUGGCAUAGAGGAGGCGAUAGAUAAGCUUGAGAAAGGAAAAGUGAGGUACCGUGCGGUUUUGGUCGCUAAGAAUGACGUUUCUGGUAAGUAA